CCUUGUAGACAUGAAUAUCGUGGAAAACAUAAUCCGUGGUGCCAUAACCAAUGCCAUGACAACCUACACAUUAUCUGCUAAGAACCUGCCAAAAGAAGUUACUAUGACGACAAAUUAUAAUACAACCUCAUCAUUUCAACCUGUGAAAGUCAUAACACGACGCCCAUUGCUACAGGCAAACAUGACCCGUCGACCCGUGGUGCCUACUACGCAAGGAAUACCUCCCAAACCACCACGUGCACACGAAAGAAGACUGCUUGUCAAAGUUAUCAAAGCCAAUGGUCUCGCUGGAGGCAAUGAACUAGCAUGCGGUAAUCCGUACUGUCUGAUUGAAAUGGACUACCCCGUACAGAAACACAAGACAGCAUCCGUGAGAAACACUGCCAAUCCAUUCUGGGAUGAACAUUUUCUAUUUGACCUGAACAACUCAACCAAUGUGAUUAAAUUUACAGUCCUGGACAAAGACAAAUCUUCACAAAAUCAGUGCCUUGGUGGUGCCAUUGUGUCUUUGGAGUCACUACGUCGUAACCCAAGCACUCGUCAAAUAAUUCCAUUACAAGGAAACAACAUUCAAGAUGGAAAUGUGUCAGGAUCCAUCACCCUGGAGUUUCUGUUCAUGGAGCCCGCUGAAGCGCAAGUAACAGCCAAUCAGAUGUAUCCUCAGCCAUCGCCGCUACGAUCCAAGUAUCCAGGUACGCCCACAAAGAACGUUGAAACUGAGAGAACAGUUACCCCAACAGGAACUGUCAUCACUACAGUAACCACGACCACAUCACGCCCAAAGUUGUCAAAGGAUCGGAAGAUAAGUGGGCCCUCUCUGAAUGCCGAGAUCACAGAUUACUUUAUAGACGUUCCAGAAGCUCCAUCAAAAAUAACCAAAGCUGACUACAACGAUCAGUAUAACCGCCGUGCCCGCUCAGUGUCACCAGCUCGUGAUCGCGUCACCAACAGUAAUGAACUGAAACCUCCCGAUGUGAAUGAUGGACAACUCUCUGCACCCAAUAAUGAAUUAUCACACGUCAAUAACACUGUUGAGUCUGUGGCUGACACCGCAAUACGACAUCUUACAGACCCAUCUGCCUCCAGAUCACGAGCUCCAAUGAAGAAAAGCACCUUGAUAAUCCAGGGAGUAUCCAGGGAUGAAGAUCAGAGUCCUGUUGAUGAAAGUCCCAGUCCAAGUCCAAGUCCGACACCAACACCAACAGCCGUCGGCAGCUUCCGAAAAACCAGAGGUACAGCAAAUAAUCGCUCCUCACCAAAUAGAAGUAAAAGACGUUUUUUCAGCUUUGGUAAAAAAGACAAAGAGCGUGAUAAACGCCGCCAUAGUUCGCACAGUGAUUUAACAGAUAGAUCACAUACCUUGCCGGCCAAUCAGAGAGACAGGCUCCAAGUACCCGUGCAAAAAUCAGCGAGGUCGUCUAGUGCAGGUGAUCUGCAAGCCAAUCAUAAAGGGGAUACUAGAAGUGAUACAAGUAGUAUACGAUCAACGGGAUCUCAUUUAAGUUACACACCAAAUGACUAUUCAACAUUAGUUAUAGAAACACUGGAAAAUGGCCAAGUCAAGCAUUAUUUAAUACCAGCCACUCUUGCAAGGAAUGGUAAAUACGAAGUUCGUGGCACAAAACUACAUGUGUUUAAUGACCACUGUUUUGUUGCAACACAUUUUACGAGUACUGUCUCCUGUGAAGCCUGUAAUAAAACUUUAUCAAGAAGAAUGGGAAAACAGGGUUACCAGUGUCGAGAUUGCAAAAUAGUGGUGCAUAAACAUUGUCAUUUUAAAGUUGAAGCACAUUGUCCAAAUAGUAGGGUUAGUUCAAUGGAAAUACUUGAAUAUGUUCCUCCUCCAACUCCACGGAGGCGUUCACUAAGUCUUCCUCGAAUGCCGCUCAGAAGCCGGAGUCGAAGCCGAGAUAGGAGGAUUGUUCAGCAGGAAGAUAGUAGUGUCAUUUCUGAUGACAGUUUGGAUCGCAGUUUGAAAACAUCCGAUCCAAGUCAGAGUGUAGCAACGUCUCCUUCUGAGCCAAGUCAGAGCAUAGCUUCAUCCCCAUCUGAUCCUAGUAAGAGUAUUACUACAUCUGAGUUAGGUUCCCCUUCAGAGCUGGACCAGAAUUCACCACAGUCCGAUAACCAAUACACAUACUUCACUGAAAGCAUAGCACCACCCCAAAUGAAUCCCUUUGCACCAGCUUUGAAUGAUCAUAACCCUGAAACCAUGGCAGAGUUAAAUCACAGCUACAUAGAUGAUUAUGAUAAUUAUAAAACCUCUGAAACUGAUAACAUGCCAUCUCCAAUAGCAAGUUAUUUCGCUUCCCCGAAUGACGCCCCGAUUCAAAAUGGUGAUAGUCAAGCGUAUGGUGAUUCUGGUCUGCUACAGCCAGUUGGUCACCGGAUAGAAACCAUAGAUGCACCGUACUAUCAGGGUUGAACAAGUUUGGAUAAUUUAUCCAUUUUAAGAGUAGAAUCAAAUUCAAAGCAGUCAAACUUAAGUGUUAUGAAUGUCUGCGUUAGACUUCCAUCUAUAUUACAUCAUUAACAUAAUAUAGGCCAUGUUAAUUUGACCCCAUAUGUUAUGCCGCUUUAGUUAUUAAUGUGUGAAUUGCCCAAAUAAUCAGCUUUCCCUUCUAGUAACAAACAUUAUUAUACACCAAACAAUUUGGAGACUGUUUAGCGGAUCUCAAACUGUUUUAUAUUCUUUUUAUCAUAUUAGACAUUGUUUCUUUUUAUAUUUUAGUCUGAGCUGUGUGAUCUAGAGCUCGAAUAGUGUGUUUGUUUUUGUUGUUUUUUUGGAAAUAAAAAAAAAUCAAGAAAAAAAAUGAUUAAAAAUGCAAUGAGAAACAACCCAAGUACUUCACAAUUAUAGUUUGAGAGAUGCAGAACACCAGUCACACACACACACACACACAAAGACAGAAUGUCAAAUGAAAGUACAUCAUCGAUCAACAUACAACAAGUUAUCAAAAACGUAUCUUCGAAUCUAGUAAAAAAUAUUUAGAUUAUAUUCCAUAGUAGUGCAAUUCAUUAAUGUACU